AUGGCUCCAACAGUAGAAGAGAUGUUAACUCGCUUCUCUGAAGAUGAUAGUGUAUCAGACAUUAACAUUGACUCUAAUGAUAUACAACGUAUAUUUGAUUGGGUUAGAAACACCUUUCCUGACCAAUCAGUACCUGUUGAUCAACCACCACCACCGCCGCCGCCUCGCCAUUCUGAGCCCGUACAGUACACGCAAGAAGAGAAGCAGCAAAUAAAUGAUUGGUGUAAAAUUGCAAACAUUCUUUUCAAUUUGAUCAAACAGGCACCAGAUUGUCCAAUUGCUCUACUUCGCCUCAUUCAUUCGAUUGGGGUCGAGAACGCUGUCCAUGUCACAGAUCAAAGAGGAGACCUUUUCCUGCCUAUCCAAGACUUAGCAGAAGGUACAAAUAUGCAGCUUUGUGGGCUUCUCAAUGCGUUAAAUGCGCCAAAGCAUAAACCUAGAGACUUCGGUAUAGCAUGGAUGGUUGGCCUUGCUUUAGGUAUUCGUACUUUCGACCUUCACAAGCGUGGCCUUCGGCUCAAUUCGAGCCAAUCUGAAGCCAGAGAGGUCCAGGCAUUCAACGAAGCGUCUGGUAAUGCUUUGGACAGUAAGUUAAGAGAAAAAUCAAGCAGGCAAUUGAUAACCCUGGUGAAUCGUGCUUUACACUGUCUAUGUGCUAUUACUCCAAACGAUUUUUUUGGUGUACCUUUGUUGGCCUACAUGGGAUUUAAUCGUAAGAUGCUAUCGAGUAUGACAGAAGGGGCAAUGUCAAUCUUUAUGGACGUUUUCACCAAGCCGAUCAAGUCUCUCGAAGAAAUCCUCCCGUCUAUCUUGGUGAACCAACGUGUAUGGCGAUCAGUAUACAUUCCGAUUUUAGAUUUUAUUGUGAUGACCUUGAUUCCAUUAUUGAGCAAACGCGAAUUCUUUUCCCUCUAUUCUAUCAGAGACAUCCAUAACCGAUCUGUUCUGACUGGUUUCGACACCUUACCAUCUGCACUCAAACAGCUUUUACCUCUAGCUUCUGGCGGUCAGACUUUUUCAACUCGUUUACAGUUACCCCAACUUUCCUUUAGUGGAAAUUUGCAGUCAUCAACUGCUCCACCGUUCCAAAUGCCAAGUGACGAGUUGAUAGACGACCGGUACAUCGCCUUGCAUAAUCAAAAAGGUCAAUCUGCUUCAGUAGCAGAUUUUGCAGGAGAAAUUCGUCUUCGUAACGGAAAGAGCAGGCUUUCGGUCGAUUGGAAUGAGCAACGUAACCAGCUUUGGCAGGACGUUUCGCAUGCUCGUAACUACCAUCAUUUUGCUGUGCUUCUCAAAAUUUUCAAUGAAAUCGCAAAAGAAAAUGCUAUUGAAGACUUUCUUCAUACAUCAGGAGAAUUUAUUACCCGGGAAAUUCUUGAAGAAGCUGAGUACGAUAUUCGUGAACGAAAGACACGACAUCUACUUGUAUCUGAAGGUGAAGGAGAAAUCGCAUUCGGCCACGACCAUGUUCCGAUUCCCCCUGUCAAAUUAUGGCCGUUCGAUCAUACUGCUUGGCAAGAGCUCCUUCCAAGAUACCAAGCUUGUUUUCGUAUGUUUACUCCUGGUGUUGAACCUACAGAUGAUGAUACGAAGCGUAUCGAUCAAGGAAUUAAUCUUCUUCAAGAGCAGAAUUCCAUACUCUCUGCAGAAGACGAUCGCGAUCUAUUACUGAAAGUCUUAAUUCAAGUGGCAGUAGAGCAUAUUACGAUUCACGCAGGUAUUCUAGAUGGAACGAAGACUAUUAGUGAAUUAUGGUGCUCUCAAAAUCCGCCUUUACCUCGUCAAGAAGAUGCUAGCGAAAUUUAUGAAUGAGAGGGAGCAAAAAGACUUCUUAUGAUUAGCUUUCUUCUCUUUAUAUGACUUCUGUUAGAAAUAUGAUCAGUAUCAAGAUAAAUAAAUC